AGACUGAGACAUUCAGAGAUACUUUGUUUCCAUCAAGUAAUGGAUUCUCAAUAUCAGCAGUUUGGAGCACCUGAAAGCAGCUCUGUCCAUGAAGGGCGCACAGUCACAAUGCAUACAGGUUUGAGGAGGAUAGUGAUUUCCAUCCUUUAUGCCAUCCUGCUGCUGCUCAUGUUGAUUCUGCUGAUGGUAACUGGGGUAAAAUUCUCACAGUUAAACAAGGAGAUCACGGAUGUCAAAUUCCACCUUCAGAAAAUCAGCCAUCAUGAUUCAACAACAGUACAGGAGGUGCCUUUAGAGCAACUUGUGCCAGUUAAGGGAACAUGUAGACAAGGUUGGGUGUCUUUUGAGAGAAGCUGCUACCUGCUGUCCAGCAACACUUUAACCUGGAGCAGAGCAGAGGAGCACUGCAAGACUGAAAGAGGACACCUGGUGGUUCUGAACAAUGUGGAGGAACUGGACUACAUUUCAAAAGUUGUUGAAAUCCAAUACAACUACUGGAUUGGACUUGUGGAGCGGCAGCAUGAAGGCCACUGGAGCUGGGUGGACGGAACCACCUUCGACUCAACCCAAACGUUCUGGGAUGAAGGUCAGCCUGACGACUGGGACUACAGAGAGAACGGAGAGGACUGUGGGCAGCUUCAUGGUUCCAACAUACGCAAACGCAAGCUGUGGAAUGAUGCGGACUGUGGCCUGUCCUACCGGUACAUCUGUGAAUCCAAGCAGUGAGAGACAGUGGAACCCUCACCAACAUGACAACACAAUGUGAAAAGAUGUUACUGAUUUGUAAUGAAGUAUCACGUAAAGAGGUGAAACUUGUAUGCAUGCCUGUAAGACUUUUAUUGGACAAUAAAGCAGAAUGAAAACAAUAA